CAGAGCCGGCUGCCAGCCGCACCGCCCGCCACUCCGAGGGAGCCCGCGCGGUCCAGCUGUGGAGACCAUCACCAUGUCCACCUCAGAGGGAAGCCGGGAGCCCCCCAAAGCCAAGGGCAAGACCCUGGGCGGCUUCUUCAGCUCCCUGCCCGGCUUCGGGUCUGCCCGGAACCUCCUGGCCAACGCCCACGGCUCUGCGAGAGACGCCCGGCCGCGCGAAGACCCCGCGGGGGCCACGCCCCAGGCUCAGGGGGCCACCGAGCUGGGUCCGACGGCCAAGGGGACAGAGAAGCCACCCACAGACGAGCAGAUCACCUCUGGGGUGGCCAACAUGGUGGACGCAGCUAAGGGAGCGGUCCAGGGAGGCCUGGGCACCACCUGCUCGGCCAUCACAGGCACCAAGGAGGCACUGUCCACUGGGGUCCUGGGGGCAGUGGGCGUGGCCAAAGGCAUUGUGCAAGGUGGCCUGGACACCAGCAAGGCCAUGCUGACCGGCACCAAGGACACCGUGUCCGCUGGGCUCACUGGGGCUAUGAACAUGGCCAAGGGCACCGUCCAGACUGGGGUGGACACCAGCAAGGCCGUGCUGACCGGCACCAAGGACACCGUGUCCGCUGGGCUCACUGGGGCUAUGAACGUGGCCAAGGGCACCAUCCAGACCGGGCUCGACACCAGCAAGGCUGUGCUGACCGGCACCAAGGACACUGUGUCCGCUGGGCUCACUGGGGCUAUGAACGUGGCCAAGGGCACCGUCCAGACCGGAGUGGACACCAGCAAGGCCGUGCUGACCGGCACCAAGGACACUGUGUCCGCUGGGCUCACUGGAGCUGUGAACGUGGCCAAGGGCACCGUCCAGACUGGGCUCGACACCAGCAAGGCCGUGCUGACCGGCACCAAGGACACCGUGUCCGCUGGGCUCACUGGGGCUAUGAACGUGGCCAAGGGCACCGUCCAGACUGGGCUCGACACCAGCAAGGCCGUGCUGACCGGCACCAAGGAUACCGUGUCCGCUGGGCUCACAGGGGCUAUGAACAUGGCCAAGGGCACCGUCCAGACCGGGGUGGACACUAGCAAGGCCGUGCUGACCGGCACCAAGGACACCGUGUCCGCUGGGCUCACAGGGGCUGUGAACGUGGCCAAGGGCACCGUCCAAGGUGGCCUGGACACCAGCAAGGCCGUGCUGACCGGCACCAAGGAUACCGUGUCCGCUGGGCUCUCUGGGGCUAUGAACGUGGCCAAGGGCACCGUCCAGACUGGGCUCGACACCAGCAAGGCUGUGCUGACCGGCACCAAGGACACCGUGUCCGCUGGGCUCACUGGGGCUAUGAACAUGGCCAAGGGCACCGUCCAGACCGGGCUCGACACCAGCAAGGCCGUGCUGACCGGCACCAAGGACACUGUGUCCGCUGGGCUCACUGGGGCUAUGAACGUGGCCAAGGGCACCGUCCAGACUGGGCUCGACACCAGCAAGGCUGUGCUGACCGGCACCAAGGACACCGUGUCCGCUGGGCUCUCUGGGGCUAUGAACAUGGCCAAGGGCACCGUCCAGACCGGGGUGGACACCAGCAAGGCCGUGCUGACCGGCACCAAGGACACCGUGUCCGCUGGGCUCACAGGGGCUAUGAACAUGGCCAAGGGCACCGUCCAGACCGGGGUGGACACUAGCAAGGCUGUGCUGACCGGCACCAAGGACACCGUGUCCGCUGGGCUCACAGGGGCUGUGAACGUGGCCAAGGGCACCGUCCAAGGUGGCCUGGACACCAGCAAGGCCGUGCUGACCGGCACCAAGGAUACCGUGUCCGCUGGGCUCUCUGGGGCUAUGAACAUGGCCAAGGGCACCGUCCAGACUGGGCUCGACACCAGCAAGGCCGUGCUGACCGGCACCAAGGAUACCGUGUCCGCUGGGCUCACAGGGGCUAUGAACAUGGCCAAGGGCACCGUCCAGACCGGGGUGGACACCAGCAAGGCCGUGCUGACCGGCACCAAGGAUACCGUGUCCGCUGGGCUCACUGGGGCUAUGAACAUGGCCAAGGGCACCGUCCAGACCGGGGUGGAUACCAGCAAGGCCGUGCUGACCGGCACCAAGGACACCGUGUCCGCUGGGCUCACUGGGGCUAUGAACGUGGCCAAGGGCACCGUCCAGACCGGGCUCGACACCAGCAAGGCCGUGCUGACCGGCACCAAGGACACCGUGUCCGCUGGGCUCACUGGGGCUGUGAACGUGGCCAAGGGCACCGUCCAGACUGGACUCGACACCAGCAAGGCCGUGCUGACCGGCACCAAGGACACCGUGUCCGCUGGGCUCACAGGGGCUGUGAACGUGGCCAAGGGCACCGUCCAGACUGGACUCGACACCAGCAAGGCCGUGCUGACCGGCACCAAGGACACCGUGUCCGCUGGGCUCACUGGGGCUAUGAACGUGGCCAAGGGCACCGUCCAGACCGGGGUGGACACCAGCAAGGCCGUGCUGACCGGCACCAAGGACACCGUGUCCGCUGGGCUCACUGGGGCUAUGAACAUGGCCAAGGGCACUGUCCAGACCGGGGUGGACACCAGCAAGGCCGUGCUGACCGGCACCAAGGACACCGUGUCCGCUGGGCUCACUGAGGCUAUGAACGUGGCCAAGGGCACCGUCCAGACCGGGGUGGAUACCAGCAAGGCCGUGCUGACAGGCACCAAGACCGCCGUCUGCAGCGGGGUCACAGGUAUCAAAGGGGCCAUCCAGGGUGGUCUGGACACUUUGAAAACGGUCCUCCCAGGCUCGAGAGACGAGGUUUCCGCUGGGCUCCCAGGAGCUGUUCAACGUGGGCUGACCACGACCCACAGUGCCCUGACGGGCACCACAGACGCCGUCCGCAGCGCGGUGACUGGUGCUAUGAAUAUGGCCACCGGGGCUGUCCAGGGGGGCCAGGGGGCCACCAAGGCCGCCGUGUCCUCUGGGCUCACUGGGGCAGAAGACGCCUUGGGGGCUGUGCACGCCAGCCUCGGGGCUGUCCACGCGCUGCCCCCAGCUCCCGAGGACGCCGCCUGGGGCAGUGACAGGGCCAGCAACACAGGCAGGGGGCCAGCUGCUCUGAGCCCCCGAGACACCCUCGCCGCAGCCCAGGAGGCCACCCCGGUCAGCGAGGACACUGCCCCCGACGUGGCCAUGCCAGGCGGUGAGCGGGCCGGGCAGUGUGAGGGGCCCACAGGCUUCUCGGAGCUGCGGGACGAGUUCGAGGGGCUGGGGGAGAUCUUCCACCCCAUGACCGCCGAGGAGCAAGCCCGGCUGGCUGCCUCCCAGCCCGAGCCCACGGUGCUCUCGGCCGACCGGGGCAGCUACUUCGUCCGUCUGGGCGACCUGGCGGCCGCCUUCCGGCAGCGGGCUUUCGAGCACGCCCUGAGCCACCUGCAGCACGGCCAGUUCCAGGCCAGGGCGGCGCUGGCCCGGCUCCACGAGUCCUUCCAGCUGAUUGAGAACACGCAGGCUUCGGUGCAGCCGGCUCUGGACCAGGGCACAGGAGCCACGGAGGAUACGGGCCCCCUCCAGGGGGACGGCGACCGGGCCCUGGCCCAGGCCCGCGGCUUCAUCCAGCAGCUCCACCGAGCCUACAGCGGCCUGGCCUUGGGGCUGCAGGGCCUCCCGCCGGAGCUGCAGCAGCUGCUUGGGCGGGCGCGGCACAGCCUCUGCGACCUCUACGGCAUCGUGGCCGCGGCGGGCUGCGUGCAGGAGCUGCCCGCUGAGCACCUGGCCCAGAGCCGCAAGGCCGUGAGCCAGGCGUGGCAGGCGCUGGAGCGGCGGCUGGAGGGCCUGCAGCACAGCCCCCCGCUCGGCUGGCUGGUGGGGCCCUUCGCCUCGCUCCCCCGCGGGCAGCAGCUGUAGGGGCCGUGCACCUGCCCCGGAGCCAUUCCUGCCCUCCCUGCUGGCCAGAGCCAGCCGUGGGUCCUUUGUGGGCCUGCAGCGGGGAGGCGCCAGGUUCAGCCACGCCGCCAUUCCGCUGUGCCUCCCCCGACCCCGUCCCGAGCUAGGAGCCUCAGACCGCUGACCGAGGGCCUGCAGCCAACGCUCGCUCGCAAGCACUCCCGUUAGGAGAUACACGGCCAGGUGCCCAAGCCCCCGAGGGCCUCGCUUCACUAACCCCUCCUCCGAGACCCCUCCCUCCCUGAAGGGGGCACCUCCAGCCCCACCGUCUGGUCCCAGAGCCACCAGCUUGACCCCAGGCCCCGGACAGCCCUGUUCUCCGCCAAGAACCACGGCCCCUUGAGCCAGAAAAUCCCAGAAUGCCACUGAGCAGUCCCCACAGCCCCUGCUGUGCCCCAGCGUGGCCAGCAGGGGGCCGCCAGGGAGCGGAGGACGCCGUGGGCCGCGGGUCCACCCAGCUCCCCCGGCCGCCCAAGAGCCCGUGGGACAGCAGUGAGCACCCUCUCCCCAGGCAAUGGCCUAGGCCCUCCAGGAGCCAGCAGGCCCCAGUGGGGUCACCACGUCAGCACGGCUCUGACUGGGGAAGCUGGCACCUUGGGUACAGCCUCGGGACACCCGGGAGCCCCCGAGCCUUGUCACCGUCCCCACACGCCGUGCCAGCCACAGAGACCAGGCCCUGGGACUUCGCCUGAAGUCCAUCCAAACCCCACGGGGCCACGGCCGCACAGGAAGCCCCUGCCCCGGGGCUCGGUCAUGGUAGCGGCUGGGAGCCCUGGCCAGACGCUGCCAGUGCCUGGACGCCGGGGUUACCUCAGGGACAAGCAGCCCAAGGUCACACAGCACUGUCCUGCUGCUGUGCCCCGCGUGGGGCUGGUGAUUCGGGCGUCGCCCGGGGCAGGGGGGCGGGACGGAGGCUCAGGCCCGGGUUCCCAGGACGAUCGCCAUCCUGUGCCCUGACAGGCCUCGCUCCCCAGCCCGCAGGCUUGGGCUGGGCAGCCAGCACCCUCCGCCCAAGGUGGCCGCAGCCCAACCCCUUGUUCCCCAGUGGACGCCUUGUCCAGCCCCUGCUGCCCAAGGCCGCUGGCAAACCAAUA